AUGGCACCGAUGCAGAGCUAUUGCAUCAUCCAUCCUCAAAGUCAACUGGACAGCAAGUUUCAGUAUGACUCCACCCAGGUGAAGAUAGAGGUGCCCAGCAGUGAUUCCAGUGGAGAUCCAUAUGAUGACUCCGGCAUGUCCGCAGGCACGGGUGAGGAGGACGUGAUCGCUUUCGACUACGUGUUUCCACCAAAGACUUCACAGGAGAAGAUCUUUCAGGAUAUCGCGCGAGGCCAUGUGCGAAGCGCCCUGCACAGCUUUCAGAGUGCCAUCUUCAUCGCCUCGGGGGCCACAGGCAGCGGGAAGACCUUUGCCGUCACCGGGGGAGCACAACGCUUUUCCGACAGAGGUUUGAUUCCUCGCAGCGUGUCGGCCCUCUUUGAGGCUAUGGCUGCGGAGCCUGAACGAGAAGAUGUGGAGGUCUCUGUGUCCUUUUAUGAGCUAUACAAGGACGCAGUGGUGGACCUUCUCUCAGAACGAAGGCGGAAGGUGCCCAUCAAAGCCACCGAGAAUGGGCCGCAGCUCAUAGGGCUGCUGCGUCAGGUGGUUGCCACCGAGAGUGAUGCAUACCACCUUUUGUUCCAAGGUGACUCCAACCGACAUUUUCAGAGCUUCGCACAGAACUCUGAAACCUCACGAGGCCAUGUUUUCUACCUGCUCCACAUCACCCAGCGCUUCACCGGGAAACGCGCCGUCUUGGCCUUCGUCGACCUGGCAGCGCCCAUCGCGGUGAGGAAUCCAGCGAACACCGCCAUUGCGCAGAGUUUGGACGCACUGAAGGCGACCUUGCUUGCUCUGCGGGAUGGCCGUGAAGCGUUCUGGGAGUCUGCGAUCUUGCCGCAGCUGCUAGAACCUUGGCUUGGUCCAAAAAGUCUCGCCAGCGUGGUGCUGCUGAGCCCCGUGAGAUACUCCAGUGAUAUGCAUCAAGAGGCCCACGAGUGGUUGACCUUCACCCGACUGGCUCAGGAGGCCUACUCUGGCAAUCCGCUCCCUUACAGCCAGCUACAAAAGAAUUGGUCUGGGACUGGGAAGGUGCAGAAUGCCCUUGGGCUUCCAGCCAGCUUCCAAGAACCAGGCGUGGUGGAACCGAAAGAGGAAGCAAAGAAAGAGGAGCCUCCUGCCGUGGCCCCGGCUGUGGCCUUUGAACAACAGAGCCGCGUGAGCCAAAUGAGCCAAGUGAGCCAAGUGAGUCUGGACUAUCCCAUGCUGCCGAGCCAAACCAGCCUGUGCCAUUCGCAGCUGCCGAGCCAGAGUGUGCUAAGCCAAGCGAGCGUGCCGAGCCAACCAAGCUCUGAGAGGAGGGAAGAGCGGCAGAGCAGCGCGGUGACCUCGAUGGUGACGGAGACCGAAGCUCAAAAGGCAUCGGCGGCAUCGCAGGGCAGUGAACGCGAUUCGAAGCCUGGAGAGCCUGGAGAGCCCGAAGGACCCAAAAUUCGGGCCGAGGUCAGCCAGGCGCAGCUGGCGCAGCUGGCGCAGACGCCGCCGGGAUCGGGCCGGAAAUUGGUAAAGGUUUUGAGCCCUAUGGCCUCACAGGCCCAGUACACAUCUGGCAUGGUCACCCCACCACCUCCGGCCUGCAUGAAGCCAGUAAGCCCCUUGCAGGGUGCCAGGUCACCCAUUGCAGCUGCCAUAGCUGCGAACUCAGCGCCCAUGGGCCGGAGCUUGGCCGCCAAUCCUUUGGUUUCAAGCCUGCUAUCCUUCAUGCGUGGUGUUCCACUGGAGGUCUUUGCAGAGGGCCUUCAAGCACGGAAAGCGGCGAGGCGCUUGGUCAAGGCCGAUGAAGCAGAUGAAGAGCGGUGCAAACACACCAAGAUGCUGUGCGAAGGAGCCUUCCGGAACAUGCGUGACAGCUACUUGGCCGAUUGCCGGGAACAGACGCAACGCUGCAAUCGACUUCGGGACUUGAUGGACGAGUGUCAGAUGGCCUGCGAGGCGGUCUUCGCCAAGUGUCGCAAGAAGCCAGCGCCGGCGUCCCUUUGGCAGAAGAUUGCUGAAAUGCGUGGGCAAUGGUAG